AUGUUAAACUUGCAGAGUAACAAUUUCAGUGGGACCAUCCCUCAAACUUUUGGAUAUGUAAGCUGGUUGCGAGAACUUGACAUUAGCAACAAUGGAUUGCACGGGGUGCUUCCAAGAUCAUUGGCAAAUUGCACGAACCUAGAAAUUUUGAAUCUGGGUCAUAAUUUCAUAGAAGAUGCUUUUCCAUUUUGGCUGGAGAACCUGCCCCAAUUGAAGGUUAUUGUCUUGCGAGACAAUAAAUUCCAUGGUCCCAUAGAGCAACCAAGGAAGAGAUUAGCCUUCACCAAUUUACAUAUCAUUGACAUGUCUCACAAUGAAUUUGCAGGUACUUUGCCAUCAAAAUUAUUUGAGAGCAUACCUUCAAUGAUGAUGGAUGAUGAAGACAAAUCCUCCUUAAAAUAUAUGGGUAAUGGUUAUGGUUAUUAUUCGGUAACCAUAAUGAAUAAAGGACUGGAAAUGGUACUCGUAAGGAUUAUCACCAUCUUGAAAGUUGUUGAUUUCUCGCACAACAAGUUUGAUGGAAAUAUUCCAAUGUCCAUUGGAAGACUUAAAACACCCUAUGUCCUAAAUUUUUCAGGAAAUGGCUUCACAGGUUCGAUUCCAUUGUCUUUAGAGAAUCUAACUGAGCUCGAGUCCUUGGAUCUAUCCCAAAACAAGCUCUCUGGUGAGAUACCUCAACAACUAACAAGCUUGACAUUCCUUGAAGUUUUUGAUGUCUUGCAAAAUAAUCUAACUGGGAUUAUACCACGAGGCCAGCAAUUUGAAACAUUUUCAAACACUUCGUAUGGAGGAAAUGCAGACUUGUGUGGUUUUCCAUUAUCAAAGGAAUGUAAGACUCCCAAGGUAACAGAAUCACCAUCUUUACCAUCCUCUUCAAGCCACAAUUAUAAAUGCAGACUUGAUGGUUUUGGAUGGGAAACAGUGUUGAUGGGAUAUGGAUGUGGAGCAGUAUUCUAA